GUAAACCAAUAUUUUCAAUUGAUGUUCAUCCUUCUGGAAAUAAACUUGCAACAGGAGGCCAGGGGGGAGAUUCUGGAAGGGUGGUCAUCUGGAAUUGGGCCCCCUUAGUCUCACUCGAUGCUGAAAAUGAUCCCAAUGUUCCAAAAAUAUUAUGUUUAAUAGAUCAGCACUCAGGUAAUAACAACUUGUGUAAUUGUGUACGAUGGAGUUGGAGUGGAACAAUGUUAGCAUCAGCGGGAGAUGACAAACUGAUCAAGAUAUGGAAGAAAGGAGCAGGAACAGGCGGAACUGUUUUUGGUAGCAAGGUUGUUAAUAAGGAAGCAAGGUUGUUUAAGGAAAAUUGUUCAGCUACUUUACAAAUUCAUCAAGGUGAUAUUUUGGAUUUGUCAUGGUCACCAGGAGAUCGGUGGCUAAUGAGUUGCAGUGUUGAUAAUACAAUAAUUAUUUGGGAUACUACAACUUUUACUGUAAAAGAACAACUUAGUGGGCAUACGGGAAUGGUGAAAGGUGUGGUUUGGGACCCUGUUGGUAAAUAUUUAGCUUCACAAUCUGAUGAUAAGAGUGUUAGAGUUUGGCGUACGUCAGAUUGGAUGCAAGAAGCUGUUAUUACGGAACCUUUUGCUAAAUGUGGAGGUACUACUCAUGUUUUGCGUCUUUCCUGGUCACCAGAUGGUCAGUACUUGGUUUCAGCUCAUGCCAUGAAUGGCAGAGGUCCAACAGCCCAAAUAAUUGAACGAGAUGGAUGGAGCAGUGACAAAGAUUUUGUUGGCCACAGAAAAGCUGUAACAUGUGUUAGAUUCAACAAUAAUAUAAUGGAACGAGGCGCUAGGCCUGGAGCCCGGCCUGUCAAAUAUUGCUGUCUUGCUAUGGGAUCACGAGAUUGUGCAUUAUCUGUUUGGUGCACUUCAGAUCACAGACCAUUAUUUGCAAUACAUGAUUUAUUCACAAAGAGUGUAAUGGAUCUUUCAUGGAGUGCUGAUGGAUUGUCUUUAUUAGCUUGUAGUUGGGAUGGCAGUGUAGCAUGCUUGCAUUUUAAAAGUGAAGAAAUGGGUCGACUGUUGACGAGUGCAGAAAAGAAUGCAUUAUAUGAAAGACUUUAUGGACAGUCAGCUGAAAACAUAAAUGAUUCUGGAAAUCGCACAAUUCUGGAAAGUUGUGAUUUAUUGGAUGAAACCAUCAAACCAGUGUCAAAUCAAGUAAAUGGUGUUGAAGAAACAAGAAUAGUAUCUAAUGAAGUAUCGAUUAAAGACCAAAGUUUAAAUGUUAGUGUUGAACAAGAAACCAUAAUCAAUAAAUCACAACCUCCACCUACUGCACCAAAACCAAUAAACAAACAGAUUGAAACGAGAACAUCUGAUGGCAAACGUAGAAUUACUCCCAUGUUUAUCCCAGCAAAUGUAGAAUCAAAUAGUUUACAAAAUGGAACUAGUUUUCCAAGCAGUGCAGUCAUGUCAAACACUAAAGCAGCUAGUAUCACAAAUUCUAUGGUUAAACCCUCUGUUACCAUGUGUAAUCAAGUCACUCUUCCUAAGUCAAAUGUUGCAUCUAAUAGGAUUAUUGAUAAUAAUAAAACUGUAGAUGAAUCGCCUCUCGAUAAUAAAUUAAAAAGGGCUCUAGAUUUACCAAGUGUGGGACCUGCAGUUCCAGAAAAAAAUAACUAAAUUAGAUAAUGUUCGAUCUAAUAUAUCCCAAGCAGGACCAUUAGCAGCAUUUACUGGAAAUGUAGUUCGGGAUGCGGGAAAAUAUAAAAUACAGUUUUCAAACAAUUUCCUGAAGACACAGCAUGGACAUUUGCAUAGUAUUAAAGCAUACAAUUCUACAAUGUUAUCGGAUAAUAAAUUCUUAUGGCAGUAUUAUAC